AUGGAAACAAUUGGAAGUGGAUGUGGAAGUGGAAAUGGGAGUGAAAGUGGAAGUGGAAGUGGAAGUGGAAGUGGAAGUGGAAGUGGAAGUGGAAGUGGAAGUGGAAGUGGAAGUGGAAGUGGAAGUGGAAGUGGAAGUGGAAGUGGAAGUGGAAGUGGAAGUGGAAGUGGAUGUGAUUGGAAAAUCGUGGUGAAGAAUUGGCCAGAGCGUGGUGGGCUCUACCCUCGAACUUGA